UGCAGGGGCUGGGGGUGCACAUCUGGGAGCGCUGAAUGCGGGGGUGCGGAGCACAUGGGUGUCAGUGUUGUGGUGCUGGGCACAGGGGUGCAGAGCACGUGGGUGCAGGGUCUGGGGGUGCAGGACACAUGGGUGCAAGGUGCUGGGGGUGCAAUACAUGGGUGCGGGGUCUGGGGGUGCUGGGCAUAGGGGUGCAAAGCACAUGGGUGCAGAGUCUGGGGGUGCUGGCACAGGGGUGCAGCUCUGGGGGUACAAGACACAUGGGCGCAAGGCUUGGGGAUGCCAACAGGGUCCCCCUACCCCUACACCAUCCAGGCCCCCUCCUGCCAGAGGCAGCGAUGGAGAAAGACCCCACCUACUACCAGGAUGCGGCCAAAGCAGUGGGGGGCAAUGGGCUGGGUGCUGAGGGCACUGAGGCACAGCUGGACGAUUUUGUGAGCACUCACCCCGACUACAACGAGGAGGAGGAGGAGCAGAAGUACUUCCGCCGCAAGCGCCUCGGUGUUGUCAAGAACGUGCUGGCCGCCAGCCUGGCUGGCAUGCUCACCUACGGCGUCUACCUGGGCCUGCUGCAGAUGCAGCUGAUCCUGCAUUAUGAUGAGACCUAUCGGGAGGUGAAGUACAGCAACAUAGAACUGGAGGAUAUUGACCGCAAGGUGUUGAUGGGCAUCAACAUCACCCCUGUCGCAGCGCUGCUCUACACGCCCAUCCUCAUCAGGUUUUUUGGCACCAAGUGGGCCAUGUUCCUGGCGGUGGGCAUCUACGCCCUCUUCGUCUCCAGCAACUACUGGGAGCGCUACUACACACUGGUGCCCUCUGCUGUGGCCAUCGGGGUGGCCAUCGUACCCCUCUGGGCCUCCAUGGGCAACUACAUCACACGGAUGGCCCAGAAGUACUAUGAGUACGUCAACUACAAGGAGGAACAUGUGCAGGAGCAGCAGCAGGCACCACGAGGAGCCUGCAAUACCUACAUCAUCAUCUUCCAGACCAUCUUCUACGCCUGCUUCCAUCUGAGCUUCGUCUGUGCUCAGAUGCCCAUGCUCUUCUUCCUCAACAACUACCUCUACCAGCUGAACCACACGCUCUUCGGGGUCAAGCACUGUGGGACCCUGAGCCAUGGCACACUGCCUGGCUUCAACAAGACGGUGCUGCAGAGCCUGCCCCGCAGCGUCAACCUCAUCAUCGUGGAGAGCGCUUUGAUGGCAGCUGCCUUCCUCGCCAUGCUGGUGGUCCUGGUGCUCUGUGGCUCGGCGUAUCGGCCCACGGAGGAGAUUGACCUGCGUAGCAUCGGCUGGGGAAACAUCUUCCAGCUGCCUUUCAAGCAUAUGCGGGACUACCGCCUGCGCCACCUCUUCCCCUUGUUCAUCUACAGCGGCUUCGAGGUGCUCUUCGUCUGCACUGGCUUCUCCCUGAACUAUGGUGUAUGUACCCUGGGGCUGGAGAAGCUGGCGUACCUCCUCAUGGCCUACGGCUUCUCUGCCUCGGCGUGCUCCAGCCUGGCCCUCUCCAUGCUGCGCCUGCGGCGGCAUAUCCCACUGCUAGCUGGAAUACUCAUCCACGCCGCCCUCCUGGUGACUCUCUUCUUCUGGGCACCUGAGCCCCGGCAUGUGGUCCAGGCACCUCUGCUCUACACCAUAGCCGUGCUCUGGGGCACAGGAAGUGCCCUCAACAAGACCAGCAUUAGCAUCCUCCUGGGCAUGCUGUACACUGACAAGGAGCGCCAAGACUUUGUCUUUACCAUCUACCACUGGUGGCAGGCCCUGGCAAUCUUCACUGUCUACCUGUGGUCAGGGCUGCCUAUGAAGGCCAAGCUCUCCAUCAUGCUGCUGGCGCUUGUGGUGGCAGUGGGGGCCUACCUCUGGAUGGAGCACAAGCUGGCACAGCACAUGGCGUACCGGCUGCCCCGCAUCCCCCGCCCACGCCACAAGAUGCAUGGCUACCGCUACUUGGAGGAGGACAACUCAGACGAGACUGGCUCAGAGGGUGAUGGCGGCAGCAGCAAUGAUGACAAUGACAGGCACCCAGCAGAGGCCACCAAUGCGGACGAGCUGCCAAGAGAUGAUGAGGACCAGCUGGGUUAGAGACAGCCUGCCCUGCCCCACCACGGUGGUCACCCCUCCUGGUCUCUGAACCUGAGCAGGGAGUCCACAGCCCCCCUGGAGCUGCCCAAACCCCCGAGCAGGCUCAAACUUCCACAGCCCUCCCAAGCCAGGCCCGCAGACACCCUUGCCAAGCCUGCAGCCCACCCCAGGCCAGGCCCACCAGACCCUCCUCAGGCAGGCCUACAGCCCCACAAGCCAGUCCCACGGACUCCCUUAACCAGAUCUGCAGCCCCUCAGGCCAGGCUCACAGCGGCCCCAGGCCAGACCAAGCCUGCAGCCCCUCAAGCAGGUCCACCACCCCUCAGGCCAGGCCUACAGCCCCCCAGACUAAGCCCACACCCCCCCCCAAACCAAGACCACAGUCCUUCAGGCCAGGCCCGCGCCCCCCCUCAACCCAGGCCAGACUCACAGCCCCUCAGGCCAGGUCAGCAGCCCCCCACCGCCCCCUAAAGUGCCACCCCUACGCCAGCCCGCGCCCCCUUAAUGCUCCUCUACGGCUCAAUAAAAGCUCUUCCACCCACCGCC